AUGGAUCUCAAAACUACGGUUUCUCUUCUGCUGCUGCUGCUUCUGGGCUUCUGUAAUGGUCACAAUGACAAUGUAAGAAAUGACUCACUAAACGCUAUAGUGUCGAACUCAGAAGAUAGGUCUGACACAGAGGACAUUACCACCACUAUUCUGAGAAUGAACAAAGCAUCUACUGAUUUUCUGCUGGAAGGAGAUGUGAUCAUUCCAAAAACCAGGAACGCUAUGAAAUGUCUCGAUGGCACAAAUUCCUGUCUGUGGCCAAAGUCUGCUAAUGGACAUGUGGAAAUCCCUUUUGUGAUAAGUGACAAAUAUGACAACACCGACACGAAGAACAUCAAAACUGCCAUGCAUGGUAUUCAGUCAAGAACCUGCAUUCGCUUCAUUCCACAUACAAAGCAGGAUGGGUACUUAAGCAUUGAACCAAAAGCAGGCUGUGCUUCUUUACUGGGUUAUACCGGAAACAAGCAGGUUGUGUCACUGCAAAGGUAUGGCUGCGUAACCAAUGGCAUCAUCCAGCAUGAGCUGCUGCACGCACUGGGUUUCUACCAUGAACACAGUCGCUCCGACCGCGAUGGGUAUAUCAGAAUCAACUGGGCCAACAUCGAAGAAGGUUAUGCCAGUGACUUCGAAAAGGCAAACACAAAUAAUCUCGACACUCCAUAUGAUUACUCAUCUGUAAUGCACUAUGGAAGGACUGCUUUUGGAAAGAAUGACCUGGAAACCAUAACUCCUAUCCCUGACGAGUCUGUUCCCAUCGGCCAGAGGAAUGGUGUGUCUGACAUCGAUAUUCUCAGGAUCAACAAGCUCUACCAGUGCCUUAAAUAA